UUCAAAGUGUAACUUACCCUAAUCCUAAAUUUAGUCCUGCGCUAUCCUCUGGCUCGUCGGAAUCUUCUCAGGCCGGCGAUAAUGUUACUUCAGAACCACACUCCUCUGUUCUUCAACACCGCUGGCGGGAAACUCCCCAUCCGUUUCGACGAACGUAACAUUUUAAAACACAGACGAUAUCGAGUCUCGUGUUCGAAUUCUUAUUUGUCGAACAAGUGGAAGAGACUAUACACUAGCGUUUUGAUUGUGCCAACAGGAGUUGGUGCUUCGAUUGGAGGUUACGCCGGUGAUGCUUUACCUGUUGCUCGAACCCUUGCUUCAGUAGCCGACUGUGUCAUUUCUCAUCCCAACGUUCUUAAUGCAGCAAUGCUCUACUGGCCAAUGCCAAAUGUCAUGUACGUAGAAGGUUAUGCCCUAGAUAGAUUUGCAGAAGGCUUAUGGACACUACAGCCUGUUCACCAGAACAAGGUGGGAUUGGUUCUUGAUGCAGGAAUUGAGGAACAGCUACGCAUUCGUCAUCUUCAAGUGGCAGAUGCAACAAGAGCAUCACUUGGUUUACCAGUUCUUGAGUACAUUGUCACUGACACACCUCUAGAGGUGGAAAAGUGGAUCAAUCUGAAGAACGGACAGGCAACAGGGAGGAUAAAACAUCCUGAUUCCUUAUUAAGAGCAGUAGAAACAUUGUGUGAUCGAUCUAUAAAUGCUGUUGCUGUUGUGGCUCGUUUUCCAGAUGAUGACAUUGAAGAUGUGGAUGAUUAUAGGCAAGGAAAGGGAAUCGAUCUACUAGCAGGAGUGGAAGCCAUUAUAAGCCAUCUGGUUGUGAAGAAUUUCAAGAUCCCUUGUGCACAUGCUCCUGCCCUAUUACCUCCUCCACUCACCAAGUCCUUAUGUCCAAAAUCUGCUGCUGAAGAAUUGGGAUAUACAUUCUUGCCAUGUGUGCUUGCUGGCUUAUCUAAUGCACCACAGUACUUGACUAAUGAGUAUGAGUCUCAAAGAAAUGGUUGUAGUUGUAUAGUGGGAAGUGAUGUUGAUAGUGUCAUUCUUCCAGCAGAUGCAUGUGGAGGAGAUGGUGUUCUUGCAUUUGCAAAUAAAAAAAACAAGCCUCUGAUUAUUUGUGUGCAAGAGAAUGAAACUGUGCUGAAUGACACUCCUGAUAAAUUUGGAAUUGAUGUGGUGAAGGUGUCAAACUAUUGGGAAGCUAUAGGAGUAGUUGCAGCUCAUAAGGCUGGAGUUGACCCGAAUUCACUCAGAAGGGACAAAAUCAAGAACAUUAACACAAAUUCCUUAAUUCCUUCUAAUGCUUGUGUAGCUUCAACUUCUACAGUAUUUGCUUGAUUAUCAACUCCAUACUCAUUUUCUUUUGGAAAGUAACUACUUCAUUGUCCUUUCUGUUAAAAAAAAAAUACAGGUUUUGUACUAGGU